AUGGGUGGAGAAGCUCCGCAUCUUGCCCCCACCCCAGCCUCGCGAUCGCUGCCCCAGCUAGCCGAGCGGCCAGUAGGCCAGCGCAUCACCAAGAUCUAUACCGAAAGAUUGCGCCAGCUCACAGCACAUGGUCAAUAUGAAGGCCAAAACCUUGUCGCAAAAUACUACGAAGCAGUCAGCUCCGACAGCGAGCAUGUCAAGCUAUCGGUCUACUCGGUACCAAACCUGGAACGCCCGACCUUCAAGGAGGCGACCUCCAACGAUUUCAGACCAACCCAUGUGGGAGAGUCAUUCGGUCCUAGCUGGUCGACACAUUGGUUCCGUAUCCAGCUCACGGUUCCCUCUGAGAUGCUUAAGAAGGAAAGGCUGGAGUUCCACUGGGAUGCUAACAAUGAAGGUCUGGUGUGGACAGAGGACGGACACCCUUUGCAGGGAUUGACCGGUGGUGGAGAGCGAACUGAAUGGAUUAUCCCUGACGCCUGGCGUGAUGGGAAACAGCAUACUUUCUAUAUCGAAAUGGCCUGCAACGGCAUGUUCGGUAACGCUCCAGGCGGCGAUUCAAUCCAGCCACCCAACCCAGACAAGUACUACCAGCUCAGCAAAGCGCAGAUCGUUGCAGUCAACCUGGAGGCGCGGGCGCUCUACUACGAUUUUUGGAUUAUCGGCGACGCCGCUCGUGAGUUCCCAGGCGACUCGUGGGAGGCGCACGAGGCUAAUAUGGUGGGUAAUGCGAUGAUUGAUGCUUUCAUUGCUGGCAAUGGAAGUCAAGAGUGCAUCAAAGAGGCACGGAAAAUUGGGCAAAAGUACCUUGGUGACAAGGUAGACUCUGCAGAUGUCUAUGCGCCGGACACAGACCCAUAUGUCUACGCGAUUGGUCAUUGCCACAUUGACACUUGCUGGCUCUGGCCCUGGGCGGAGACCAAGCGCAAGGUUGCAAGAUCAUGGUCGAAUCAGUGUGAUUUGAUGGAGCGGUAUCCUGAGCAUCGCUUCGUCGUCUCUCAGGCCCAGCAGUUCAAGUGGCUUAAACAGUACUACCCGUCUGUAUUUGAUCGAGUUAAGCGAUGGGUGCGAAAAGGCCACUUCCAGCCUAUCGGAGGUAGCUGGGUCGAGCAUGAUACCAACAUGCCCAGUGGCGAGUCUCUUGUCCGCCAGUUCCUCUACGGACAACGCUUGUUCGAAAGCUACUUCGGCAAACGAGCCUCUACCUUCUGGUUGCCAGAUACCUUUGGAUACUCGACGCAGAUCCCGCAGAUUUGCCGCCUUGCCGGUAUGAGUCGCUUCUUCACUCAGAAGUUGAGUUGGAACAAUAUCAACAACUUCCCGCACACAACCUUCCAAUGGGUUGCACUCGAUGGUAGCCAAGUGUUGUGCCACAUGGCCCCGGCAGAGACGUAUACCGCCGAGGCUCAUUUCGGCGAUCUUAAGCGCAGUGUCACUCAGCACAAGUCACUAGACAAUGACAAGUCAUCCUUGCUCGUCUUUGGCAAAGGAGACGGUGGCGGUGGUCCGACCUUCGAGCAUCUGGAGAAAUUGCGCCGAUGCCGAGGCCUCAGCGACAAGAUCGGUACUCUCCCAAAAGUCAAGAUGGGCGAAUCAGUGGAUGAUUUCUUUGAAAGGCUGGAAGCAAAAGCUGCCAAUGGAACCGAGUUUGCGACCUGGUAUGGUGAGUUGUACUUUGAACUGCACCGCGGUACAUACACAACCCAGGCCAACAACAAGCGCAAUAACCGCAAGUCGGAGUUCUUGCUGCGUGAGAUUGAACUUUUAGCUACCUUGGCUACCAUCCGUGGCUCAGACAAAAAGUACAAGUACCCUAAGGAGCAGAUCGAUGAGAUGUGGGAGGGAACACUUCUUUGUCAGUUCCACGACUGCUUGCCGGGUAGCUCUAUUGAGAUGUGCUAUGAUGAUUCCGACAAGCUCUACGCUGGGAUCUUUGAGACUGGCCAGAAGCUGCGCAAAGAAGCUCUUGCGGCAUUGGGGGUCACGGGCAGCACUGGCCUGGUCGCUCUGAAUACUUUGCCUUGGCCUCGGUCAGAGGUUGUAAAGAUUCCCGCACCCUUGGUCGCUUCCGAUGGAUCCAAGUAUGCUCUUGUGAAUGGCUCAACCGGUGUGAUUGCAUGCCAGCCAGUUGAUUUCAAGACCACCACUAGGGUCACCGUGGCUGAGAUUCAGCCGGGUGCAUUCCGUUUGCAGAAUGGCAAACUCAAGAUUGACGUCCAAGAUGGCGUUAUCGUUUCUUUGUUCGAUGUCGAUGCUCAACGAGAGGUCAUUCCCAAGGGUGGCAAGGCCGGCCAGAUGGUUAUCUUCGAUGACAAGCCUCUUUACUGGCAAGCCUGGGAUGUGGAGGUCUUCCAUCUGGAAUCGCGCAAGGAGCUCCCAGUUAGCAAGACAGUCAUCGUCGAAGCUGACCACAACCGAGCCAGUGUUGUGACCGAAACAAGAAUCAGUGACAUGAGUUGGGUGAAAACUACUAUCAGCCUUUCGGCAUCUGUCUCCUCAGAGCCUUCCAUGGUUGAAUUCGAAAGCGAGGUUGAGUGGCAUGAAACAAUGAAGUUCCUCAAGGUUGAAUUCCCUGUUGAUGUGACGAAUACCGAGGCAUCUUACGAAAGUCAAUAUGGUAUCGUUCGACGCCCGACUCACUACAACACAAGCUGGGAUAUGGCCAAAUUCGAGGUCUGCUGCCACAAAUGGGCCGAUCUUUCUGAACACGGAUACGGUGUCUCGAUUCUUAACGACUCCAAGUACGGCUUCGCUACGUGCGGUAACUUGAUGCGCCUCUCGCUGCUCCGUGCUCCCAAGGCCCCAGACGCCCAUGCUGAUAUGGGCCGCCACCGCAUCCGCUAUGCCAUCCUUCCUCACUCCGGUGGUCUUGAUGCUCGCACUGUCCGUGCGGGCUAUAAUUUCAACCACCCGCUGGCCAUCGAGCAGGGGAGCUCCCAGAUUUCCCGAUACAACGCCGCCUUCAAGGCUGUUUCCAUCCAGGGCGGGUCAUCCAUUAUCUUGGAUGCUGUCAAGCGUGGCGAGGAUGAUGAAGACGUCUCUACUGGCGGCCUACCCUCUCGUCCUGGUAAGAGUGUGAUCUUACGCGUUUACGAGUCCCUAGGCGGCAAGGCCCGCGGCACUAUUCACAGCGCGUUGUCUGUCAAGCGAGUUUGGAAGUGCAACGUCCUCGAAGAUGACGAGGAAGAAUUGGAGAUUCAAAAGACCAAGGAAGGGUCCAUCACGGUGGACAUCGAGGUCCGAGCGUUCGAAAUUGCUACCUAUCGACUCCAGCUGUGA